CGGCGCCUGCGCGUGGCGGCGCUUCCGUCGCGGCCUGGCGGUGAGCGGAGGCGGGAGCCGGGGCCCAGCCGCGCCGCGCCGCCGCCUCACGGACGACGCCAUCAUGGCCAGCUCCCCCGUGUCCCGCGUGGUCUACAACGGCAAGCGGAGCGGCGGCCCGCGCUCCCCCGGCACCGGCAGCGAGAUCUUCACGCCGGCCCACGAGGAGAACGUGCGCUUCAUCUACGAGGCCUGGCAGUGCGUGGAGCGCGACCUGCGCAGCCAGAUGGGCUCCGAGCGCGGCCUGGUCGAGGAGUACGUGGAGAAGAUGCCGAACCCCAGCCUCAAAGCAUUUAAACCUGUCGACUUGGGGGAUCUGAAGAGGAGGAACACACAGGAUGCCAAGAAGUCCUAAGGCAGGUUGUCCCUGCGGAUUUGGCUGGUCUCCUAAGGUCCUCAAGCAGAUUUAAUUUGAGAUUUUUUUGUGUUGAUUUUUCCUCCUCUGGUCUGUACUCUGCCCUUGGGAGAGCUGGUCAGCUUUGGGGCUGGCUCUGAAGCUGCCUGAAUUCAAACAUGCAUAGAGGCUCAGUGAGGAUGCCCAGAGCCUGUUGUAAUGGAUUCCUGACCCUCAGCCAUAGCUUUCUCUGGCCUCAAGCUGUCCUUUCCUACUUCAUGCCAGGCUCACAAAUCACUUGCUCUCCUUUCAUCUCUGUCCCUGGUGAGUCAAGUCCUUAGGCUUGCUGGAGCCUGGUACAUGGCAGGGCAAAGCAGAGCAGCUGUGUCUGUCAGUAGAGACAGCACUAGUUUUCUGCUUCCUUCUGUGUACCAAGGAUCCACAGUAGCUGGAGUAGGCCGAGGUGAGAAGGAAGGAGAGUGAGUUCCUUCUUUGUGCCUUGAGAAGACAGGCAGCCCCAGUCCAACACCAGGUAGUACAGCAACCCUUUUUGCAAGUGACUGAUGGGCAGGUAACACUGUGCCUGUUCCUUGCUUUCUUGUGGGAGGACUCAGGUGGUACCUGGGCUGCUAAUGCUUGGGACUAGUCAGUGCUGCCAAAGCUCUUGGGUCCAUAUCAGAGGCCAGAUUUUCCUUGUGCUUAGAUUGGGCCAGAUCCCUGUGGUGCUGGAGAUAGAGCUGCUCCUCUCUCCCUGCAGAUGGAGAGAGAUGGGGUGUCAGCACUGGCCCCAGCCCCAAGCAUCUGAGAGAUGCUCAGAGGUGGAGCGUUGGGCUGUUUUUUGCUUCCCCCGCUGGCCUGGGCGCUCUGGCAGCUCCAUGAGAGAUAGCAGCAAUGGGUUGGUUAGUGCUGGCUCUAUGAGAAGAUGCUUAUUUGCACCCUUGUCUGAGCAACGUCCUGCUGUUUCAGUACUAACACCAUUUUCCAAACAUACCCUCUUACUUCCCAGGAACAACAUUUAGAGUGGGAGGAGGACAGGAAAGGAUGAUCCCUUUAAAGAGAGCUGGUCUCCACAGCUGGCAGAAAUGUCACUGUGUGGAGGCUGUGCCGAUCCAGUCUAACUCAUCUCGGGGUUGGCUUUCUUGGGACCCUCAUUGUGGGGAAAGCUCAGGUGGUUUCUGCAUGGUUACCUGUGAGCAAGGGAGGGCGACAGUACCAUCCUCAUACUCUUGUGAAUGGAACAAGCCAUGGAGCAGCUUUGUGGUCUCAGAAGACCAUGGGGGAGCUAGAGGAGCAGCUGUCUGCCUGCCUGCAUGUGCUCCUAGAGCUCACCGGGAGUGAGGGGGCUGCCAGGGCCUUGCCCAGCACAAAGGAGUGGCUUGUGAUGUGUGCAUGGUGAAGGGGGAAGUUGUGGUUGCUGUUACCUUUUCUUCGUUGAGUCAUUGAGCUAUUACUGUUCCUUUUUUUUUCUGUUGUCUGUCACUUGAGGAGUGUUGUAAAUAAAAGCUGGUGUCCUUUUGA